AAUGAAUUAAGGUACCGAUCAAUAAGUCAUAGAUAAGGAUGAAGAGAUCAAGUAAUUAAAGUUAGAGGUUUAGGAAUGUAAAGAAAGGGAAAUUAGAUUCAAAGAGCUAUCUUAACAUCUGAGUCAAUUAGAAGGAAGGUAUUUUUGUAAUUUUAUGAUAAAAGAUAUAAUCAUUUGAAAGAUUAAAAAUCUGCAAGUGAGUAAUAGUUGAAAACAUAGAUUGAAUAAUAUUAAAAAAUGGUGAAAAUAUAAUAGAAGGAGAUAGAAAAUUUGAAAUAAUAAGUUUAGGAAUUGGAGGAUGAAUUAGUAGAGAAUGAAGAAUAAUAGAAGUAGCCAAACAAAAUAAUUGCAGAUGAAAAUCUUGUGAUUAAUAAAUUAAAUAGUGAGAAAACAUUAUUGGAUGAAGAAGUAAAGGGAUUAAAAGAGACAAUCAAAUAGUAUGAAAUGUAUAUUAGUUUAGAAUAAAACAAGAGUAUGAUAACAUUUGUAAAGAUUUCUAGUCUUUAAGUAAACAAAAUGACAUAAACAAAAGUUAAUUUACUUAAGUAAUGAUAUUUUGAAAUAAAUAAGAUUAAAGAGGAAUUAGUAUAAAAAAAUUAAGAAUUAAAACAUACAAGAAGACAAUAUUAAGAAGCUUUGAAUUAUAUCAGUUAAUAAUAACCAAAUGCUCCAUUCCAAAAUAAUUCAGCUAUAAAUGAAUUAACAUAGACUAAUCAAUAAUUGUUGACUCAAAAUUAAUAACUAAAUAGAACAAUAUCAAAAUUAAAAUAAGAUUUAGAUCAUGUUAAGAAAGCACAUUAAGAGUCAUUAAUUGAAGCUGAUAUGUUAAGUAGAAGUUUAGAAUAAUCAUAAUUAUAAAGUGAAUAGAUUAAAAAUUAAAAAGAAGAUGUAAUGAUAUUUAAAUAAUAUGUAUAUAGAUUUCAUAGGAAUUAGAAAGAGUGAUUAGGAUUGAAGAAUAAUAAUUUUCAUAAAGAAUAUUAUUGUUAAGAUCUCUAAAAGAUGAACUAUAGGAUACAAAAUCAAGAAGUUUAUUGAAUUUGAGAAGAUAUAAUUAUUGAU